CCCUUUCAGAGAUUGCAAACAUGUGAUAUGACAAUCUUAAAAAAGACUUUAUCAGCAGCCAGUUUAGAUAAGGAAGAGUCCUUCACUUCUGCAAAUGUACUGAGGAGGAAAGAUGUCAGAUAUUAGGGCUACCUAUGCUGCUGUAAAUACUUUCAAUAAAAGGGAGGGAAAAACACUUUUGCAAGAAGCAGGUGAUCUUGAUAUGGUAUAUUCUGAAUUGAACAAGAAAAAGAAGAAAAAGUCUGCUGAGAAUAAAAAACCUGAUCAAUUUGAUAUCAUCUAUUCAGAUGUCAGCACUUCCACAAAUUCCAAGGUGGGAAAGGCUUCUAAAAGCAAAUUACCUGCAAAAUCAAAAGAAGAAAAAAAGAAAAGUGUAAAGACAGAUCAAGUUGAUGUUGUAUAUUCAGAUGUCAAUACUUCUAAAAAGACCAAAGAAGAAAAGAGUAGUAAAAAAAAAUUACUUGCAAAGUCAAAAGAAGAAAAAGACAAAAGUAUAGAGACAGAUCAAGUUGGUGUUUUAUAUUCAGGUAUCAAUACUUCUGAAAAGACAGAAGAAGGAAAAAGUACUAAAAAAAAUUUUUUUGGAAAAUCAAAAGAAGAAAAAAAGAAAAGCAUAAAGACAGAUCAUGUUGAUGACGUCUAUUCAGAUGUCAAUACUUCUGAAAAGACCAAAGAAGAAAAGAGUACUAAAAAAAAAUUAUUUGGAAAAUCAGGAGAUGAAAAAAAGAAAAGUGUAAAGGGAGGAAAAAAUGAAAGUGAUGUUUUAUACUCAGAUUUGCUGAAUCUUAAGUCAAAGAAAAUCAAACACAGUGCACAGGAAAGCCCAGAUACAUCCAAAACUAUUGAGACUAAAGACAAGGUUGCUAAAGAAAAGAGCAAAAAGAAAAAUGCACAAUCCAAAGAUGACACAGGACCAAAAGAGACUAAAGCAAACAAAAGCACAAAUAAAACUGAAGACAAAGACAAAACCAAGAGUGAGAAACAGUAUGUUUCCGGGAGACACCAGGCUGGUUUUCCAAGGAGAUGUUCGAAGAAAUGUUUAAUAAUAAUUUGUACUACUUUGCUGAUCUCUGUUACAUUGCUGACACUUAUCAUUUUUAUCAGUCAACAAAGCAAGAAUCCAACUUCCCCUGGUGAAGAUGGAAACACAAUAUAUUCUCCAGGAAACCAAAUGACCGGCUCAGAACUGAACAAUCAUGCCGGGGACUUUGCAGCACAUCCGACAACUACUGCUCCAGGAAACCAAAUGACCAGUUCAGAGCUGAACAAUCAUGCUGGGGACUUUGCAGCACAUCCGACAACUACUGCAAAUAUGAAAGAACAAUGGUUAAAUCACAAUGGAAAAUCAUAUUAUUUUUCAACAACAAAACUCUCUUGGGAUAACGCAAACACUUCCUGCAGGAAGCAACAUUCAAACCUCACAGUGAUCAAGACAACUGAGGAACUGAAUUUCAUAUUGAAUCACACUGUGGGCCAAAUGUGGGUUGGAUUGAGAAAAGAGAAUGAAAAAUGGAAUUGGAUCGAUGGGACAGCUUUUCAGAUCAACAUAUUUAAAGAAGGUAUUCAGCAAUUGAAGGCUGGGCUGGACUGUGUUAAUAUAAUGAAAACUGGUUUGUUUGUAUCACCUUGCAGAACUCGUUAUCACUGGAUCUGUGAAAAGAUAAUAUUACAGAAGUGA